UGGGCGGAGACCCAGGAAGUGACGGCCGUGCUGGUGGUCCUGGUGUCAGUGAAGUCCGCGGCGCCACCUCUGCGGCCACCGCGUUCCUGGGCGAUGGAGAAUGGAGUGGUAUACGGCCCCACCACGGAGGAGGACCCGGGCCCAGGCAGGGGCGCCCGGAGAGGCCUCGCCUUCUGCUUCUCCCGGGGCCGGCUUCCGUUGCGUCGGCUCGCGCUCAAAGGCUUGCAGCUCUUGCUGUCCCUGCUGGCCUUUGUCUGUGAGGAAGUCGUGUCACAGUGUACACUGUGUGGAGGACUUUACUUUUUUGAAUUCGUAAGCUGCAGUGCCUUUCUUCUGAGUCUCCUCAUCCUGAUUGUGUACUGCACUCCCGUUUAUGACCAAGUCGAUUCUACCAAAGUCAAGCAGUCGGAUUUUUAUAUUACUAUGGGAACAGGAUGCGUGUUUUUGUUGGCAUCCAUCAUUUUCGUUUCCACACAUGACAGGACCAAAGCUGAGAUUGCUGCAACUGUGUUUGGAUUUCUAGCAAGUAUUAUGUUCCUGUCUGACGUUGUCAUUAUGUUCUGUGAGAGACGACAGGAGUCCCAGAUGAGGAAACCAGAGGCUACCAGGAGGGCAGGGCCCCUCACAGAACCCCUUAAUGCUUAAGGACUUUGGGGACUGCGUGUUACAUAAGAAUUCCUGCCUCCGGUCUGGACGAGAACAAGAUCUUUAUUGUCAUCAAGAACUCCCUGGAAUUUGUACAUUCUUCAGAGUUUUGUGUUUUGUUUCGAUAAAGAACAUUGUGUAUCAACGUGCAGUCAACUUCGAGGAGCAAAAAUGUAAUUUAAAUAGGUCUUAACCAGUAAGGACAAUGUCUUUCCUAAGAAGCCCAGGUAGGGCAGUUCUGUGACUGGUCAGAGUUCAGUGACUCAGUGGUAUUAUCAGGCGCCCAGACUCUUUCCAUGUUUUUCUGCCCAUCCAUCUUCUGCUGUGAGUUUUUAUCCUUAGGGUUGACCCUUGAUGGUGUAGCAAGAUGGAGGCAACAUGUCCAGACAUCGUCCACUUGCACGACAAUGUCCAAAGGCCCGAAGGGAAGAGAUUGUGUAUUUCUCUGUCCCGAAGGUGUUCCUUUUUCCCAGAAGCCCCUCAGUGGACUUCACCUACUUGCCUUCUACUAGAAGACUUUAAAUGCCCAUUUCUAAAUCGCUUACUGACCUGGAGAAUGGCAUUACUGAAGAAAUGGCCUAAAGUAAUCCAGAUUCCUCUCCUUCGAUGGGAACACCCUUGGAAGCAUAUAGCCUUCCAUUACCCGAACAGAUUGGUUCUGUAGCAGGAGAAGGGCCACUGGCUUGGGGUUCAACAGUGUCUGUCAUAAGCAGGUUGAGGAUCGGACCCCAGCUAGGGGAAAUAAAAUUCCAUUUAAGAACAUUUCGCAGGCCUGACUACCCCAAAACAAUUUAAAAUAGAAAAACUAAUGGUUUUGAUGUCUAGACUAAAUUAUAGUUGUACAAGUAAUGGGUACCAUAGAAAAUUGGUUUAAUAAAAGAUGGUAAGUAUUGUUCUUUUCCUGAGAUCUUCACUUUUAAUUGUGGAACUACAUCAAGCACCGGAAGUAUGGAAGAUCAAUACCCUGUUGUAGACACCACCCAGCUUUAGUAGAUCUUAACUUUUUACCAGAUUUUCUUGAAAGGUCCUUGUUUAAAACAGAAAAUGAAGUUUCACUUGUGAAGUACCACCACCUCGAAUUUUGCUCUUUUUACUUUUCCAAAGGCAAACACUACCGUGAAUUUGGUGGCUAUCUUUCCUGCUUUGUCGUCUGUGCUCUCUAUAGAGAUGUACCCAUAAGCAAUGUAUAACAUGGUAUCUAUGCUGUAUUUAUCCUUUUACAGAUGGCUUUCUUCAGUCAGUAGUAUUUUGAAAUGUAUCUGAUACAUGCAGCUCUAGUUCAUUCAUUUUAACUACUCCUUGGAAUUCCAUUGAAUGGAUAUGCCACAAAUUACUUACCUCUCCUCUGUUGAUAGAAAACUUUUAAUGUGCUUUAUUUUUGACCGUUUCAACCAGUGUUGCAGUGAACAAACAUUUGAACAUCUCAUGCAUAUGUGCAAGAGUUAUAUAUAGAAUGUGUACUUAGAAAUAAAACUGUUGGGUCACA